AUGGCUGUGUACCAUUGGUUUAAUGAUUUCUUCGACGCGGCACUACUGCCACCGCCACCAGAUGAUCCACCUCCACCUGAUCCACCUCCACACAGUAUUCCAUUACUACCGCAGAGUAUACCACCUCCACCUCCUCCAGAAGGAGCCGAAUAUCGUCCUCCACCACCACCUCCACCUCCUCCAGAAGGUGCCGAAUAUCGUCCUCCACCGCCACCUCCACCUCCGCCGCCUCCAGAAGGUGCCGAAUAUCGUCCUCCGCUACCGCCUCCACCUCCACCUCCUCCAGAAGGUGCCGAAUAUCGUCCUCCACCGCCACCCCCACCUCCUCCGCCUCCAGAAGGUGCCGAAUAUCGUCCUCCACCACCGCCUCCACCUCCUCCAGAAGGUGCCGAAUAUCGUCCUCCACCACCGCCUCCACCUCCUCCAGAAGGUGCCGAAUAUCGUCCUCCACCACCGCCUCCACCUCCUCCAGAAGGCGCCGAAUAUCGUCCUCCACCACCGCCUCCACCUCCACCUCCUCCAGAAGGUGCCGAAUAUCGUCCUCCACCACCGCCUCCUCCUCCACCUCCACCUCCUCCAGAAGGUGCCGAAUAUCGUCCUCCACCACCGCCUCCACCUCCACCUCCUCCAGAAGGUGCCGAAUAUCGUCCUCCACCACCGCCUCCUCCUCCACCUCCGCCGCCUCCAGAAGGUGCCGAAUAUCGUCCUCCACCACCGCCUCCUCCUCCACCUCCACCUCCUCCAGAAGGUGCCGAAUAUCGUCCUCCACCACCGCCUCCACCUCCUCCAGAAGGUGCCGAGUAUCGUCCUCCACCACCGCCUCCUCCUCCACCUCCACCUCCUCCAGAAGGUGCCGAAUAA